AUGACAGGUUUGCUGAUGACCGGAAGCUCGAGACCUCCCGAGCGACGUCACAAUCCAAAAAAAAAAAUACGCGAGCGCCAAACGCGCCUCUCCAACACCAGCCAGAACAACGACAUCCAUGCCUUGAAGUCGAUGGAGGAUCCAAAGCCAAGAGGGCGCUCCGGCCUCAUCGCCAGAGCUGUCGAUACAGCCCUCCUCCCCGUCCACGCCGCCGCCUCCAAGCCCGCCCAGCGAGCCUACCUCGGCACCUUCCUCUUCGCCGCGACGAGCAUCCUGCUCUUCUGCGUCUCGAGCGUAGCUUACACGCUGUUUUACUACAACUAUGUGCCGCAGAAUAGCGUGGGGCGGGUGGUGCAUUUGCAGUUCGGGGAUGGUCAUCCCCACGGCACAGCCCACCUCUCUACAUCCCUGACAUCGCUCCAACCCUACGACAUAACCCUCAGCCUCCACCUGCCCCGGACCCCCUCGAACCUCGCCGCCGGAAACUUCAUGCUCGACCUCUCCCUCCUCGGCCCUUCCACGACCGGCACUCCCUCCUCGAUCCUCCCUUCCUCCCUCUCCUCCACCACCAAUACGACCACCACGAUCGCCCGCUCCCGCCGCCCUGCAAUCCUAACCUACACCUCUGCAGUCGUCGAGACUGCAAACACCCUCAGCGGACUACCAUGGUAUAUCCUGGGCUGGAAAUCCGAGAGCGAAGUGCUCUCGGUCAGUAUGUUCGAAGGCGUCGAAUUCGCAAAAGGUUGGGCGAAUGUGCCGCAGAGCGUGCGCGUGGUGGUGGAGGCGGAUGAGAAGAUGCAAUUCUAUGAAGUGGGGGUGCGAAUCAUUGCGAAGUUGGGCGGGUUGAGAUGGGUACUGUACCACCAUCGUGUACUAUCGUUUCUAUUCUUCACCACAGCGUUUUGGAGCAGUUCGAUGAUCUCGAUGGCGCUGGCGUGGUUUGCUAUUUCGACGUAUCUUGGGUCGCCGACGACUGUAAAGACGGAGCCGGAGACCAACGGCACCAUUUUCAAGCGAGAGCGCUCAGACUCGGACGCAUUUGAUCCGACGUCAAUGGAGGAUCUUUCCGACACGUCAAGGACGUUCCCUACGCUUGGCCGACAGAUCCCAUUGCAUUUCACUGGACGCAAGGACGUCAAGAAGGAAGAGGAGAUCAAGAGGGAGGAAGACGAAGUCUUGAGAUCAACGGCAGUCCAGCCAUUAGCUGCUGAAGCAGACGAUGAAGACGACGACAUGUCGCAGGAGACAAGCGGUUUCAGAGACUCGGGAAUUGGGACCGGUCUUGAUGAUGAAAGGUUGGCAAGUGUUCAGCGACGGCGUAGAGCAUUGAUGAAUGGAAAGGACAGUGGAGCUUGA